UUUUGGACAGGUCGAAAAGGCGCGUCGCCGCCAGCAUGGACCUCCAGCGGCGUGAGAAGCAACAAGAGACUACAGAGAAGUUGGCUGCCGAGUUCCCGAUCCCGAAAUGGUAUGACCUGUCCCUUCCUGUACUGCCCGUCGAUGCGAUCGUGUCCGCCGCGGCGCCGACGAGCAACUCCCCGUUCAAGCCCCGCAUGUCCAGGAUGAACACUGCAUUACAACUGGACAUCGUUCGCCAACAGGUGCAGACAGCAGGCCCAGUGCCAUCAAAUGAUAAACUACGGAGGAGGUCCACGAUGACAGCGCUCCAUCCCAGGCGACAGCUGCCUCCUCCACAGCUUCCCCAGCUUCCCGACGGCGCAGAUCAGUACGGGCUGUGGCAGCUUCCCAAGAGCCCAACGAGGUCACAAGCGGCCCACGGAAUGCUGCAUAAAUCGAUGAGCUCCAUGGAUAUGUUGCGCAUUGUUCAAGCACAGCACGCCUCCCAGAAAAAAGUUGUCGAUCCGUGGGCCGUCGACCCGCCGCCGUCAACUUCCACACGGCCAUUGAAAUCACACACGAGCGCCGGCACAUUGCGGCACUUCCCAUCGGUGCAUUCUAUGGCUCACACCACCAUAAAUGCGGACAACAACGCCCACGUGUCGUCAUCGUUGGAUCCAGCCCAUCCGCAACACGACUUGUACGACUCAUUGUCAGACGAGGAAGGAGACAACGACGACGUUGUGGCGUACACGCAUGAUGGGGACCCCCCCUCUGAGCGCGACACCAACCACGCCCCUCCCCGGAGGAAAACACCGAUGCCAAACGUGUUGGUCGACCACGUGCCGGGCGCCGCGUCCACAGAAGUUGCGACGAUGGGCAUGCACCGCCGUCAAACGAUGGCAGAUAUUGGUUUGUUUGCAGAAACGUAUUUGAAGAAGAAGUUUUUUAAGCGGUGGGACGCCAUCGAGUUUGCAUUCUCCGGCGGCGAUUUAAGCCAGGCCCAAGUCGAGCGCGUGCUGCAGUCAAACGGCGUGGUGUCCACGGAAAUGGACGUCGAUCGCAUUCGAUCGGACAUCCACACGUACAUGACCACCCACGCCAUCGAUGCCGACGACGCCACGGACUUUAUCUCGGACGCCGUCCACUUUCACGUCAAGAAGGACGACGACGACGAUGGGGUGGUGCCGCGCUUCAUUUCGCUCGCCAUGUUGCGCGAUAUGUUUUACCCGAAAGACCCGACAGCGAUCGCGCAGUGGACAGCCGAGUUGCAAGCCGAGAAGAAGGCGGCAGCCGACGAACAGACCGACCGAAAUCGCCAGCGCGACAUGCUCGAGCGCAAGAUCAAACAAAGACUGCAAACGACAGCACAAGGCAUGGUCCGCGUGCUCGACCGGUUCGACUUUAUGCACGCGGCGUGGCCCAGUGCCACCGUCAAGGCGGCAACGACCGACCAGUUGUUUAAAGUUAUCUUCCAUCGCAAAAGGAAGGCGGCGGCGGCGGCGCUGCUGUUUGAAACCCAAGACAAGUCAGCCACGCAUGGCAGUCGCCACCACUCGAACAACCACGAAGAGUGCCAGGAUGACGCAAACCACGCCCAUCGAUCUGUCCCCGUCGUAUUGAACGCGCUCCUUCAAACGUAUGGUCGCAACCGCGGGCUCGACGACGUGGACCUUGAAGAUGCGGCGCAUGUCUUUCACGACGUCGCGGCCAACGCGAUUCAAAACGGCGCGCGGCAGUACUUUGCGCGACAAGCCACGUUUUGGUUUCCCGAGCGACAGGAAUUUUUCGCGUUCCAGUUGAAGAAACGUGUGUUCCGGACUUGGCGCGACCGCGCGCGGCAGCUGCGCCACCAGCGCCACGUCGUCUUUCGAAAGUUCGUCGCGUGGAGGUACCGCAUGCUGCUCGCAACGCGGUACCGAGAGCUGUACCGCAUCUGCUUUUGGCCGCUCUACGUGUGGAAGCGCUACGUCCAAUUUGUUCUGCUCAGUCGGGGCAAAGCGCUGUUUUUGCGCCGCGUGGUUCACACCUACGUCCAGCUCCGCAUUGUCCGUGGAUGGCGACGAUACGUCGCGAGGAAGCAGUGGGGACGAGGCGUCGUCCAGCGCCGAACGCUCCUGCGGAAUGCAACGACUGAGCUUGGCAUCGUGGCGGCGUGGCGCGCGAUCGCACAAGUGUCGGCGCGAUUGAAGCGGAUCUGGGAAAAGCGAGGACUUUCCAUGUUCUGGCAAACCAAACAUUACACGAUUCGUGUCGCGAUGCACGUGUGGCGGUACUAUUCAAUCCUCAGGCAAGAUAUACGUCGGCGCAAGUAUUUGUGCUUUCAUGGCGUGUUGGCUAAGACAGCCGACGCAUGGGACGGCGACAGCGCGCAUGAAAAGGUGCCGCUCACACGCAUGAUGGAGUCGCAUCUCGGGUCGAAAAUCAAGCUCAAGAGCCAUACGCACGAACUGGGCAUGGCCAUGUACAUCAAGUACCGAAAGAAAGAUCGGCAGGCGAUUCAAGCCAUGGCCAUGGUGUUCAAACGAGUCGCUCCGAUGGUUUUUCGGCUGUGGGUGCUCCACCGAGAGCUCAAGAAGCGAGGCCGGUUUGCCACCGAAUUGGGACUGUUUCGGUUGUUGUCGGAGCACUUUUCGACAUGGCUUCGCUUCUUACUGCAUCGCAAGCACCAGGAAGCGUUGCGCCGCGCGUCGUCGAAGCGCCUCCGUGACAAAGUCCAAGACGUGAACGCACAGGCAGCCCAUGAUGAGCCGAACGACGCACAGCCUCCGAUUUCAAAACGUGCACUGCAGUGGCGAGCCGACCGCGAGUGGCGAGACGCAGGCAUUGCGCAGGCAGCCGUCGACGCGAUCGACCUGGCCGCGAUGUUGCACACGUUAGCUCAACAGCGUGUGGACAGCACACACCGGUUCGCCGCCAUAGAAGCACACCUCGCCGAUGCGAAACAAGCCGAAGCGAGGCUGCAGCACGAAGAAGAAACCAAAUCCGCGGGCAUGCGGUCCCAACUUCAUCACUGCGCGUCGCAGAUCUUGCACACCCGCGUCCGGCGGUUGUACGAAACAAUAUGCCGGACGUUUGACGUUCUUCAAGACAAAUACAACCGCAUGCUGCUCAAGUCGACGUUUCGCGCGCUGCGCAUGCCCCAAAGCGAUAUGCAUGCGACGCUCUUGGGCCAUCGCGCCAAGGUCCGCAACUGGAUUCGACUCGCACGAUGCUUUGCUUACUGGGAAGCGCACAUCGAUCGGUUCCACACGCUCAAAUCGAUGUGGCACAUGUGGCGCAAGUGGAUUGCGUUCAUCCGAUAUCGCGCGCAGUACGAAAGCCCUGGCCUCGCCCGCAACAUGCAACGCCGUCGGGUGCUCGUGUCCAAGUUUGAAGGUUAUUUGGUCGACCAGGACUUCAUGUUGAUUCCGACCGUCCUCGACAAAAAACUGUCGUACAACUCGUACAAGGCCGUGUUUGUCCGCUGGGUCGAGUGGACACAGCUCACGCACGCGUCGAAUGCCAUGAUCCGGCACUUCCGAGCACGAUCGGCGAUUCGUCGCAUGGGCCGAGUCUUUGUCGGGUGGAAGGUCCAGUUGAAAGCGAAAUACAUUCCAUUGCCACACUUCAGCGUCGAGCGGCGGCCGACCGCCGACAUUGAGCGCGUCCGGUCGUCGCUGUGGAGCAAGCGCAAGCACUUGGUGUCCAGGCGCAUCCGCAAAGUUCUCAGCGCAUGCGACCGCAAACUACGACUCAGCGUGUGCAGCAACCCAACCCUCAAGCACUUGUUUGCCAUGCACUCCAAGGACAUUAUGAAGCGGCUCAACUUGGAGAACCGCCUCAUGUUUGUCGCGUACAACGAGCGUCAAGUGCACCACUACGAGGAGCGCCUGAGUCCGUUGAUGGGCGGCGAGAUCGGCCAGCGCUUCGAGUACGUCGACGUCGUGCCAUUCGGCCACAUUCACCAGGUCAACGUGAUUUGCGGCAAGAGCGUGGAUGGGAUUGCUGUGUUGGUCAAGUCGUACAACCGAACUACCGAAGGCAAGAUACACGGCAACCCCUUUGGCAACAGCUCGAUCUUUCUCCUUGGUCCUGGCGAGCUGUUGAUAGCAAUAGAAGGGUACGCAACGCAGUCGACGAUCUUGGGAAUUCGGUUUGGCACGACCCAAGGGCGGUGGUCCAAGUGGUACGGCCGCGCCGACGCCGGCCUCCCAUUCUUGCUACGCGGAGAAGAAGGCGAAGAAAUCGUCGGGCUACAUGGAUAUGCUGCCAAGGACUCGGUGAACGGUCUCGGCGUGUGUUUUCGCCGCACGACCGAGCACAACGUGUUUGAAGGGCUCUGGCUCGACCACGUUGGCCACAAAUUCGAGGCCCCGACCAACGACACGCCGUCUGCACUCACCGAUCCGCCCGGCAACGACCGCAUCCAUAAUUGCGACCGCCAGUUUUCGUACUUUUUGCAAAUGCGGUCGUGCGACGUGUACGCGGCGAUGGACCGUUCGCACAAGCUCGCGCUGCGCAUGUGGCGGUCGGAAACGAUUCCUGACGAAGUCAAGCGCCUUCGCAUUGUCAUGGGGGUCUGUCGAUGGUUUUUCAAUGCACAAGUGCAUGGACUGGUGGCGCUGACGGAUCGCGAAGACGAAGGCCGACGCAUUCUUCAGGACGGCAUCAACAUCCGUGCGAGUGGCGAAAAGUUGCUCGCGGAGGGGGAGGCCGUCAUGCAGCUCGUCGACAAGUACCGAGAGGGCCGCAAGCAGCAACUCAACCUGGCGCUGCUCGGGUUCAAGAAGAUUCAAGAGUUGCGCCACAACAUGGAAGUGGGCGACGACAAAAUCAAACGAGGCAAGCAACUCAUUGCGGACGGCAACGCCGAAAUCCUCCGCGGGAAGCAGCUUUUGCCCAAGAUUCCCCUCACCGACCGGAUGCUCAAGAACAUUCGAUGUCUGUACCGCGUCGUGCAGACCAAGGACAGCAUGGACGCAAUGAGCGACAGCAUCAAGAAGCUCCUCCUGAAUGGUCACCCCAUCGACACUGACACGACGCUCGUGGACCUGAAAGAAGUCGCGGAGGCCAACGACAACGCUGCAUUCGACAUGGGCCAAGCGCGAGCUGAAGUCGUAUCAAGCAAGCUGCGGGAAGCCCUGACCCGCGUCACACAUUAACAAGUCUUGGCGACUGAAGCGAUCAGGCGAAACGGGGCGUCGAACGGAGCGCUGACUUGCAGCAAGUAGCCCAGUAGUGUUAACAAAACCAGUGUCAGCAUGCAAUUCGCACCAUUGCCGAGACCUGCUUGGGUACAGCUCAUCUUUGGACGCGAUCGAUGCGAAGUUGCU